UGAAUAGUAUAUACAUGUCUGCCGCUUCGAAAUGUGAGUAAGUUUCUAAUUACGCGUUACAUGGGAACCUAAAUAUGUAUACUACAAUAUUACAUUAACAAUGUUUAAAGUUUCAUGAGAUUAUUAUAAUAUGCGUACGUAUUAAUGAAUAUUAUGAAUAAAACAAUGUGAUUUUAAAGCUGACAUUUAUUAAAUGUUGCAAAAAGCGAACUAUGGACGUCGCGGAGGACGCCGAAGGAUCUUUAGAUCCCCGUAUACAGAUCGAGUUGGAGAAUUUAAACAAUGCUACAGAUGAUAUUAAUAAACUUGAGACUGAAUUAGAUGAAGCACAUACCGCAUUUAGACAAUUGCUUUCUGAAUCGACAAGGCGAUUGAAAGAAGUAGCAGACAAAUUAGGAAUAACAUGUAUUGAAAAAGCAAGAUGUUAUUAUGAAGCUUUGGAAAUAGCUCAUUUAGCACAAGUGGAAUGCCAAAAACAAGCUCAAUUAUUUCAAAGAGCUAGCGAAAUACAUGCAGCUGCUAAAGAAACUGUGGCCUUGGCCGAAACAAGAUUUACAUCGCAUCAACAUGAAUGGAAGUUUGAUCAAGCUUGGCAGGACAUGUUGAAUCAUGCUACUAUUAAAGUUAUGGACGCGGAAAAUCAAAAAGCAGAAUGCGGUAGGGAACAUCAUAGGAAAGCAAUGAUCUUUCAAGAUGCGGAGCAAAAGUUAUUUCAGUUGGAAGAAAAAUAUCGUCGUUAUAUCAUUAAAUCUAGGCCAUAUUUUGAGGUGAAAGCUCAAUGCGAUCAAAUGUUAACAACGCAAAAAGAAAGAGUGGAGUAUUUGCAAAAAGCAAUAAAAGAUGCAAAACAUAAUUAUGCAUCGAGUCUUCGUAUUUUAGAAGACAUUAGUAAUCAAAUACAUCAACAAAGAAAAGAUAAUGAUAUCCUUGCUAAUGGCCCGAGAGAACCAGGUGUAGGUGCAGAAUUGAUUAGUUCUGGAGAUAAUAUGACAUACAGAAUGGAUUUUGAAAAUAUAAAUCAUAAAAAUAUAACAUCUACUAUAGAUAAUGAAUAUAGGAAAAAUACUCACCAUCAACGAGAUAAUGAUGAUGUUAAGAUUGCAUCGUGUAACGGGCAUCUUGGCCGAAGAUCUGUAGAUGGUAGCGAAGCUACAUCUAAUCAAUGGGAAUUAGAGUUACAAGCUAGUAUGGAAAAAUUAAAUUGUUCUCCAUUUAAUAUUAAAGAUUCAGAGAAUGAUGAGAGAAAGUUAAGAGACAUACUUGAUAAAAAUAUAUGUGGUAUGCAUUUAAGGGAUAAGAACAAUACGAUUGAUUUUACAGAUAAUUUAAAAAGCGAAGAGUCUUCUGAACGUACAGUGAAUUCAUUAGAAAAACUAUCUACAGAUAUAGAAAUAAGUAAAAAAUUCAUCGAUGUACCAUCGGUAUCAAGUUCAACGAGUUCGCAAUCAUUAUGCCAUAAUAUUUUCAAUUCAGUUCAAGCAAGAUCAAAAUAUAUCAAUGAUAUUACUAAAUCUUUAUAUAAGGAAUCUAAUACCAAAAAAAAUUAUCCUAUCGAAACAGUAAAAAGUUCAGAGAAAGUAGUAAAUUCAAAUACGUCUACUACGUAUUUAUCAAAAAGAAUCUCAGAAAUGGAUUUGAAUAAUUCAAAAUCUCAAACGAAAGCCAUAAAGAAUUUACAAGACAUUAAACAUAAUUACAGUAUGCCAAAAUUAUAUGAUUGUAUAGAAUCUAAUCUUAUUGACAAGGUAAUGACAAAUGUUACGAGUCCUAGUUUAAACAAUUUAUCAACAUCUACUUGUUAUAGUGCCAAUUCUUCACCAAUAAAAUCGGUUAAUUUAUUUUCAUCGAAAACUAAACGAUUAUCAAACAACGACUUACAUAAAAUUCAAUGUAAAACUUCUUUCGAAAGAUUAAGAAAAAAAUCAGCUAGUAUAAAGGAACUGCCACUAUUAUCAUUAGUUGGUAUUUCAACAACGUCAUUUCCAACGCGCAAAGAAAAAAGUAGUAGCAUGAACGAUUUAAAUUCUAAAUAAACAGAAGAAAGUGUAAGUUAAUAAUUCUAACUUUGGUCUCUAUAUUUAGCUAGAAAUAUAUAUGAUAAUUAAUUUAAUAAACAAACAAACAAAAAUAUAUUAACAAAAAUAAUUUCAAGUGAUACUUUGACAUUGUGAUGAACUUUUGAAGAAAUUCAUAUAGGAAGAAAAAGAAACAAUAACAAUAACAAAAUAACAAAAUUAAUCUAUAAUAUCCAAUAACAUAUAUAAUUAUAACAUUAAAAAAAUAAAUGAAUGAAAUUU